AUGUCAGUAAACAUACCCUCAAAAUCAUUUCAAAAUUGGAGAGAAGUGUUACAAGGAUUGUAUCCAGGUAAACCAAGUUUUACAGAAGAUAAAUGGCCCAAAGAUCUGGGAAAAGUAUUAAUUAUAACUGGUGGUAAUUCAGGUAUUGGAUAUGAAGUAGUUAAAAAAUUAUUUAAUAAUACUGAUAUUAAGAUUUAUAUAUUUGCAAGAAAUGAGGUAACGACAAGAGCAGCUAUUGAUGAACUAGUUAAAGGUCAAGAAGAUAGGAAACACUUACUAAAUUUUAUAAAAGUAGAUCUUGCUGAUUUGAUUACAAUAAAACCAGCAGUUGAUGAAUUUCUCAAACUUGAGAAUAAACUAGAUAUAAUUGUACAUAAUGCUGGAGUAAUGAUGCCAAGAAAGGGGGAAUUCACAAAACAAGAUUACGAGUUGCAAUUAGGUGUGAAUUGUAUUGCACCUUUUUUAUUACAACACUAUUUAGAUCCAUUACUAAUAUCAACCUCAAAAACAUUAGAACCAGGCUCAUGUAGAAUAGUUUGGGUAUCAUCAACAUCUCAUUUUUGGGCACCACAGAAUGGGCUUUAUUUCUCAGAUCCAAAUUUUAGACAAACAAAAGAACCAAGUAAUUUAACCAUAUAUUCACAAUCAAAAGCAAUUUCAAUAAUACUAUCAAAACAAUGGUCAUUACACAACCAAAAUAAUUCUGUGAUCAGUGUUGCUUUAUGUCCGGGAUAUCUUAAAACUGGAUUAAGUAGGAAUUUAAAUAAGUUGGAGAAUUUUUUUGGUGGUAUGAUAACUCAUGAAAGUUCUUUAGGUGCAUAUACUGAAAUUUAUGCUGCAUUGAGUCCAGAAGUUCAAAAUGGUGAAUAUAUUAUAUCAUUUGGUAAAAAGGGAACUUGUAGAGAUGAUUUAAAUGAUGUUGAAAAUGGACAAAAAGUUUGGACAUAUUUAGAAGAGCAAAUUCAACCUUAUACAAGUAAAUAA